AAUAGCAUGGCCUCUUGCAGCAGAAGCACACACCCUGUGCCACCGCACUACUCUUUCGGGCUUUGGCUUGCGAGCAUUCUUUUGUUCACGGCGGCAACAACGCCGACGACGAAGGGGUGCGUAGAGGGCGAGAGGGACGCCCUCCUCGACUUCAAAACCGGCAUCGUCAAGGAUCCUUCCAGCCGUUUGUCAUCAUGGCGAGGCCGAGUAGACUGCUGCAGAUGGAGCGGGGUGGUCUGUGACAACAGAACCGGCCAUGUCGUGGAGCUCAACCUCCAGAAUUCCGACCCUGAUAACGAUGAGAUGUCUAUCGGAGGUGAGAUCAGACCAUCCUUGCUCCUGCUAACUCAUUUGGAGCGCCUCGACCUCAGCAACAAUGACUUCGGUGGGAUCCAAAUCCCGGAAUUUUUUGGUUCCCUUACCAAGUUGACGUAUCUCGACCUCAACGGGUCCUACUUCGGCGGAGCCAUUCCGCCCCAGCUGGGCAACCUGUCCAGGCUCCGUUAUCUCGACCUAAAUUCACUACAUGACUUAACGAUCGAUGGCCUGCACUGGCUCUCGCGUCUCUCUUCCUUGAGAUACCUCUACAUGGGCGGUGUGAACCUUUCCGUGGCCUCCCACGAUUGGCUUCAAACAGUGAACAUGUUGUCCUCACUAGAGGAGCUACAUUUAACACACUGUGGCCUCACCGACCUCCCCUUUUCUCUUUCCCAUGUCAACCUCACAGCACUGGCCACUCUCGAUCUCUAUGGCAACCUCUUCAACUCCACCUUCCCCAACUGGCUAUGGAAACUCCGCAACCUCUCUUAUCUUGAUCUCAGUUUUUCUAUGUUUCAUGGUGCCAUACCUGCUGGGAUUGGAAAUUUGACUGGUCUAAGAGAACUUCAUCUUAGUGAUAAUUCACUUUCAGGUCCCAUACCCACUGAGAUUGGAAUUUGUAAUAGUCUAAAACUUAUCGAUCUGAGUGAUAAUUCACUCUUCGGAGUCAUACCUGCUGGGAUUGGGAAUUCGACUAGUCUAGGAGUGCUUUAUCUUAACGAUAAUUCACUUUCAGGUCCCAUACCUGUUGAGAUUGGGAAUUUGACUGGUCUAGGAGAGCUUUAUCUUGACGAAAAUUCACUUUCAGGUCCCGCACCCAUUGAGAUCGGCAAGCUUUCCAACCUCACUAUUCUUUCUCUGUCUAGUAAUUCCCUGGAGGGUACCAUGUCUGAACUCCAUUUCGCUAACUUAACCAAACUAAGUGAGCUUGAUCUAUCCGAAAACUCCCUAGUCAUCUCAAUAGACCACAAUUGGGUUCCUCCUUUUCAACUCCGAUCCAUUAAACUGAGUUCUUGUAAGUUGGGUCCUACAUUUCCAAGAUGGCUCCGUUCACAAAACUCCAUUAAGGAUUUGGAUAUGUCGAACACAAGCGUCGAGGAUGCCUUGCCUGAUUGGUUUUGGAACACUUCUUCUUCUUCUAUAAAUCUCUCCCAAAAUCAGAUUAGCGGCACUUUGCCAACUUCCUUGGAGCAUAUGACACGCCUGAGUGGUUUGGAACUAAGUAUCAAUAUGUUAGAAGGCCCGAUUCCUCGUAUGCCACCUUACUUGAGUCAUAUGAAUUUGUCUAGUAAUUCUUUUUCAGGGCCGUUGUCAGCAAUCUCUCUCACAUUAGAAUUGGGAAUCUUGGAUCUAUCACAUAACCAUAUUAGCGGGAGUAUACCAUCCUUUAUCUGCGACUUGAGAAAACUUGUUAUCCUCGAUCUAUCAAGCAACCAAAUAUCAGGUGAAAUCCCUUGGUGUUGGCAGGAGACAAACUUCCUUUUCUACAUUAAUCUGGCAAACAAUAAGCUCUCGGGAGAAAUUCCAAGCUCUAUUGAAAAUUUGACUUGGCUCCAGUCUUUGCACUUAAACAAUAAUAAUCUACAUGGGCAUCUUCCGUUAUCAUUGAAAAGUUGCAGUAGACUAAUUUUUCUUGAUCUUGGCGACAAUAAAUUCUCGGGUAGGAUACCCACAUGGAUUGCACAAAAUUUUCAAAACCUAAAGGUACUUCGGCUACGUUCAAAUAUGUUUUUCGGUAAUAUUCCUAUAGAGCUUGGACAACUUAAUUUUCUCCAUGUUGUCGACCUUGCCAAUAAUAAAUUAUCAGGGCCAAUUCCACCCUCCUUUGGCAAUUUAAAUGCUGCAAUGAUGAUAACAUCACUCAGGAAUGGGGCAUCCGUAGUUAUCUAUGAUGGUCAAGGAAAAGGGAGAGCCCACAAUGGUUAUGAAGAUAGCAUCAGUUUAAUUAUGAAGGGACAAGAUUUGAUCUUUUCAUCCAUUCUUUACCUUGUCAACAUUAUAGAUCUUUCAAAUAAUAAUUUGACCGGAGAAAUCCCCAUAGAAAUUGGGUCUCUUUCAACACUCCAAACUUUAAAUCUAUCGAGAAACAAUUUUGUCGGCCAAAUUCCGGCGGCAAUUGGUGCCAUGAAAUCAUUGGAAACUCUGGAUCUGUCAUUCAAUAAGUUAUCCGGAGGCAUUCCUCAAAGCUUUUCGGCGUUAUAUUCUUUGAGUCACUUGAAUCUGUCUUACAACAAUCUAUCGGGAGCGAUUCCAUCGGGGAAUCAACUUCGGACGCUGGAGGAUGCAUCCAUUUAUAUCGGAAAUGUCCAUCUCUGUGGACCUCCGGUGACCAAGAGUUGCUCCGACGAUCCUAACGUCGAUUCGACGGAAGAGGAGUACGAACAAGGAUCUCAUGUGCUGUCAUUUUACUUUGGUACCGGGCUCGGAUAUUUGGUCGGCUUAUGGAGUGUGUUCGUGAUCAUGCUGUUCAAGAAAGAUUGGAGGCUCUUCUAUUUUGCAACGGUGGACAAGAUGUACGACAAAGCGUAUGUGGCAAUCAAGAUAAGAAUGCGAAAUUGGCAUGACGCAGCUGGUCGAAUGUGAUGCAAGUUUCUUUCGUGUUAUAAGUGUGAUCCACUUCAGAUGUCAAAAAGGAUCUCGUUUCGAAGAUUAUGAAAUGUUAAUCUCAAACUCUGUUUCUGUUCCGAUGUAGGAGGCAUCGAGAACAACUCGUCUGGUUUGGGAAUCCUUCUUCUUCCAUCAUUGACCGCACAGAUCUCU